CUCGUUUUGCUCUCGCUUUAAACCUCGACUUCCUUAGUAACAUUUACAUUGUGACGUCACGUUGCUAAUCAGCCUGUCAGAGGCUCCCGACGGGAGUUAAAUAACACGUGUUUUGAGAAGGCGAGGGUUUACAUUUGAAGUGCAAGGAUGACUUCCACUGAAAAUAAAGAAAUGGCGCCCGGAGACAGAACCCGAAAUCAUAUGUACAACAUCAUAGAUUCCCAAGAGUCCUGGAAAGGAAGGAUGUUAUUUACUGGCCCCGAUUGGAUUCGUCAACACCGUGUAACUGUCGAACCCGAGCACCGGCACAUCGGGAUCGGUACCAUGUCUAGGGAGGGGACAAGCGAAGCUGACUAUAUAUGGCGACCCGCCACCGCCACUCCCUUUCCACGACCCAGGACCUGCAAUGUGGGCGAGAUCGGCUGGCAGGUGCCCCAGAGCACGGACUGGUCCGUGCCUGCCACGGGACAACAGAUCAUGGUAGGAGAAUUCCGACAGGAGCUGGAAAACAGACACUCACAUCUCUAUCAAAAUCCGUGGUACCCCGGUCCUUCAGAAGCACUUGUACCAGAUUCUGACGCUUCCAUGGUGAUGAACGUGUAUCGCCCACACACUGCCCCUGUGCAUGCACAAACAGGUAGUAGUCGACCUCUUUCCCAGUCCAGGCGCACCAGGCUAGCACCAAGGCCCACGCACAUCACGGACUUUUACUCCUCUCCCCCUUUUCACGAACACCACGGUCUAAGUGAUCGAGAUUCAACAUCCACAGACACCAUGCAGAACUAUGCUUAUUGAUGGAGCAAAUUAAUAGAAUAUGUCUGCUGAACUAGAUCCGCCCGCCAGUUUUCCCCGGGCUGUGCAAUACGGAGCUCACACACCGCUACAGUAUUAGAAGUCCUUACCUUGCACGAGACCUUAAUGUUGUUGUUUUUUAAAUUUUGUAAAUUGUUAUUCACAUCGAAUGUUGCUAGUUACGCUUUUACUACAAAUGUGUUUUUUUGUCAUUGCUUUUUAGUCAUAAUUUAUAUUUAUGUAUUUACAUGCAUUUUAAAAAUAAAGUUGUUUUAUAUUUUCCAAA